CAAACCUCAGUGAAGAAUGAAGGCUUUAGUAUGUAUACUGCUGCUGUUGGAAACCUUUGUGUUUGUCGUUCAGCAGCAGGUAGAUGGAGGACUCAAUGAGAAUGAGAUCAGUCAACAGAUCAGCUCUGAGGACGGAAGACAGAAUCCACCUCGAACAGACACUUUGGGAGCUGAAGCUUCAACUGACAGCCAACAAUCCUGCCAUCUGUGCUUCCCUGACAUCCAUGCAGCACUGAGAGAACUGACCGCCACCGUUACAGAGCAGAAAGCAAACAUCAGAGCUUUAGAGACACAACUGAGGGAACAACAGACGUUUAUCCUGGAAGAGCUGAAGAAGAAAGAUGAUGAAAUUUUAAAUCUUACUCUGAGUCAAGUGGAGGAGUUGAGAAAGGAAAAUAGAGACAAAAAAAUAGCUUUUUCAGCUGGACUGAGGCAAUCUGGCGCUGGAUAUACUGGUCCUUAUAAAUCUGAGAUAACACUAACCUACAAGAAAGUCAUCACAAACAUAGGGAACGCCUACAACCCAGUUACAGGUGUUUUCAGAGCCCCACUGAAAGGAGUGUACAUGUUCAGAGUCUCUGUAUAUGGUCAUGGUGGAACUGGAGCAACCGCAUCCAUUAUUAAGAAUGGAGAGCAGGUGGUUGUAGCACAUGAUUAUCAGGCUAAGGAUCGGUUAAACUCCUCGAAUGGAGUUGUGUUGCUCCUGGAAGUUGGAGAUGUUGUAUAUGUGAGACUUUGGCCUAACAGGAGGAUAUCUGACAAUAGCCAGGAGAACCUCAACACUUUCAGUGGUUUCCUACUGUUUCCCUUAAGAUAACAAGAGCUUUGCAGAAUGUGAUUCCAAUAAUUCUGAAACUUUAGCAUAUGAUUUAAGAUGAAGCUCAUGAAG